UCUGAGUGUACUUCAUCUACAGAGCAGAGCAGAGCAGAGCAGAGCAGCUAACCUAGACUGAGCAUCUCCACCAUGAAGACAGAUGGUAUCUUCCUGGUCCUCACUCUGGUACUUUUAUGUUGCUUCUCAGGUGUUGCCACUGAGCCUCUGAAUAAGUUGCAGAAUGUUUGCAGCGCUUAUCCACAACCAGUAAAGGGCCAAGCCCUCAUCUGUUCGAGUAUAUACAGGCCUGUCUGUGGCACCAAUGGUGUGACGUAUAGCAACAGAUGUUUUUUGUGCCGCGCAAAAUGGGAAACUGGAGGCUCGCUUAACCUACGGCAUGAGGGAGCAUGUAUAAUUCAGAUUGAUUGCAGUAGAUACCAACAAACAAAAGACCCACGCAAGAUAUCCUGCACACGGAUCUAUAAACCAGUCUGUGGAACUGAUGGUGUCACUUACAGCAAUGAAUGUUAUCUGUGUGAAAAAAUCUUGUAAGUCCUUGAAUAUUACCUUUGGAAUAACUGAAUCAAUAGUAAGAGAUGCUAAGACUAGUUCUCUUGUAUAAGCAUUUUCUUUAUACGGGGAUAUAUCAAUGUCCUGAGGUAGCUGAGUCCCUGACUCACAUCCAUAUUCUUUUGACCUCUUCUGGUUAACCCCUGUGUCCCCAGGACACCAUAGCUAAUAUAAUCCACUAUCCCAGGGGUGGGCAAACUUUUUGGCCCGAGGGCCACAUCUGGGUGGGGAAAUUGCAUGCAA